CUUCGCUUCUGCGAUGUUUGGUUGCCGAGAAAACCGAGCAAAAAGGAGAAGGAAAAGAAAAAUAGUUUUGAUCCUUGGUUCUCUUCAGGUUCAAUAGAAAAGGAAAACUUAGAAUGGCAACUGCUACAUAUCCUCCACCACCACCGUAUUACAGACUCUACAAAGAUUACAUACAAAACCCUAAAUCUGCCCCAGAGCCUCCACCUCCUAUCGAAGGGACCUACACUCUCUUUGGUGCCACCUACACUACUGAUGAUGUACUUCCAAGCUUAGAAGAACAAGGAGUUCGUCAGUUGUAUCCUAAAGGAUCCAAUGUUGAUUUCAAGAAGGAAUUAAGGUCGCUUAACAGAGAAUUGCAGUUGCACUUGUUGGAGCUUGCUGAUGUUCUUGUUGAGAGACCAUCACAAUAUGCAAGGAGGGUUGAAGACAUAUCCCUCAUAUUCAAGAACUUACAUCACCUUCUCAAUUCAUUGCGACCACACCAGGCAAGGGCAACGCUGAUUCACAUUCUAGAACUUCAGAUACAACGUCGUAAACAAGCAGUGGAGGAUAUCAAGAGAAGGAGAGAAGAAGCACAAAGACUACUCAAAGAGGCCGUGGGAACCUUGGAAGGACAGUAGCCCAUGAACAGCCCCCAUCAUCAGCCUACACUUUUUCUAUAUCUUUUAUAUGUAUUCCGAAAAUUUUUCCUUUUUCCUUUUUGUCUUUUGUGAGGAAUACUAGUUGCUAUCAAACUAGUAAAGUUAUGAAUUUCCAAGUUCUCACUUAAAGGGGAAUUUUUUUUUACUUCA